GGGGCGGAGCGCGGCGGCACCGACCGAAAUUGCUCGGCUCGGCACGGCAGGACACGGUACGGCACUGCACGGCUCGGCACGGCUCAGUUCGGUACGGCACUGCACGGCUCGGCACGGCGCUGCAGAACUCGGGCCACGCUGCCAUGGGAGGCUGCGGCACGCGGGCAUGGCCGGAGCUGCUGGUGCUGCUGGGCAGCGCGUGGCUGUGGGUGGGCAGUGCCCAGCCCACCCCCCCGGGCCCCACGCAGCCCCCCGGGCCCCAGCUGAGGUUCCGCCUGGCCGGGUACCCCCGCAAGCACAACGAGGGCCGCGUGGAGGUCUUCUACAACGACGAGUGGGGCACCGUCUGCGACGACGACUUCACGCUGGGCAACGCGCACGUGCUGUGCCGGCACCUCGGCUUCGUGGGCGCCGCCGGCUGGGCCCACAGCGCCAAGUACGGCAAAGGAGUCGGGCGGAUCUGGCUGGACAAUGUGAACUGUGCUGGAAACGAGAAGGACAUCAGGGACUGCAAACACCGGGGCUGGGGGAACAGCGACUGCAGCCACGAGGAGGAUGCAGGUGUGGUCUGCAAGGAUGAACGCAUUCCAGGCUUCAAGGACUCCAACGUCAUCGAGACCGAGCAGAGCCACAUGGAGGAGGUGCGGCUGCGGCCGGUGGUGCACGGGGGGCGGCGGCAGCAGCUGCCGGUGACAGAGGGCAUCGUGGAGGUGCGCUACAAGGACAGCUGGGCACAGAUCUGCGACCAGGGCUGGGACAGCCACAACAGCCGCGUCGUCUGCGGCAUGAUGGGCUUCCCGGCAGAGAAGAAAGUCAACAGGAACUUCUACAGGCUGGCCUCCAAAUCUCAGCCUAAACAAAAGCGCAGGGAGGACGUAGGGCCCAAGAAGAGGCUCUUCACAGAGCGGCAGCAGCUCAACUACCGCCUGCACUCGGUGUCCUGCACGGGGACAGAGGUGCACCUGUCCAUGUGCUCCUUCGAGUUCUACCGGGGCAACUCCUCGGCAGCCUGUGGCUCCGGCAUGCCCGCCGUGGUCAGCUGCGUGCCCGGGCCCCUCUUCAACACUGGCGGUGCCCACAAGAAGAAACAGCGCCAGCAGCAGCAGCAGCAGGGCCAGCCCCGGAUCCGGCUGAAGGGCGGCGCCAGGGUCGGCGAGGGCCGCGUUGAGGUGCUCAGGAGCAGCGAGUGGGGCACCAUCUGUGACGACCGCUGGAACCUGCAGUCGGCCAGCGUCGUGUGCCGCGAGCUGGGCUUCGGCAGCGCCAAGGAGGCCCUCACCGGGGCGCGCAUGGGGCAAGGGACGGGCCCCAUCCACCUGAACGAGGUGCAGUGCCGGGGCACCGAGAAGUCCCUGUGGAGCUGCCCCUACAGGAACAUCACACAGGAGGACUGCAAGCACACGGAGGACGCGGCUGUUCGCUGCAACGUCCCCUACAUGGGCUACGAGAACCUGAUUCGGCUGAGCGGGGGCCGGAGCCGCUUCGAGGGGCGGGUCGAGGUGGCGGUGGGGGCUGGCGACGGGGACCAGCCCCGCUGGGGUCUGGUCUGCGGCGAAGGCUGGGGUACGCUCGAGGCGAUGGUGGCCUGUCGCCAGCUGGGUCUGGGAUUCGCUAACCACGGCUUACAAAUCCGCCUGGCCGGCGGGAGGACAGAGUUUGAGGGCCGCGUGGAGGUGAAGCGAGGCAGUAAGUGGGGAACGGUCUGCAGCGAUGGCUGGACCACCAAGGAGGCCAUGGUGGCCUGUCGUCAGCUCGGCCUGGGCUACUCCCUGCAUGCUGUGACGGAGACGUGGUACUGGGACGCCAGCAACGUGACAGAGAUGGUCAUGAGCGGGGUGAAGUGCGCCGGCCACGAGAUGUCCCUGAGCCACUGCCAGCACCACGGCGCCAGCCUGAGCUGCAGGAACACGGGCACGCGCUUCGCUGCGGGCGUCAUCUGCUCCGAGACCGCCUCCGACCUGCUGCUGCACGCGCCGCUGGUGCAGGAGACGGCGUACAUCGAGGACCGGCCGCUGCACAUGCUGUACUGCGCCGCCGAGGAAAACUGCCUGGCCAGCUCGGCCCGCCUGGCCAACUGGCCCUACGGCCACCGCCGCCUGCUCCGCUUCUCCUCCCAGAUCCACAACCGCGGCCGCGCCGACUUCCGCCCCAAGGCCGGCCGCCACUCCUGGGUCUGGCACGAGUGCCACCGGCACUACCACAGCAUGGACAUCUUCACCCACUACGACAUCCUGACCCCCAAUGGCACCAAGGUGGCCGAGGGACACAAGGCCAGCUUCUGCCUGGAGGACACUGAGUGCGAGGAAGACGUGGCCAAGAGGUACGAGUGUGCCAACUUUGGGGAGCAGGGCAUCACUGUGGGCUGCUGGGACCUGUACCGGCACGACAUCGACUGCCAGUGGAUCGACAUCACCGACGUCAAGCCAGGCAACUACAUCCUACAGGUCGUGAUCAACCCCAACUUCGAGGUGGCAGAAAGUGACUUCACCAACAAUGCCAUGAAGUGCAACUGCAAGUACGACGGGCACCGCAUCUGGGUGCACAGCUGCCACAUCGGAGAUGCGCUCAGCGAGGAGGCCAACAAGCGGUUUGAGCAGUACCCAGGUCAGCUCAACAACCAGAUUUCAUAGGGCCCCGGGCCUGGGGAGACAGGCAUCUCCCUCCCUCACCCCGUACUGGUGGGAGGAAGCCGCUGGAAGACCGGCAGGGAGGCCUGAUGCCCAGUGCUGCUGCCACUGUGUCCUGCCGGGGACUGCCCAGGACUCGCCACCUCGGGGGGGCUGGUGCUGGAGGCACUGACCCCUGCACCUCCCAGCCUGGGGCUGUCACCCCAACCACUGGCCAGAAGAGCGUGCCCACAUCCCCUGGGCUGCGGCACACGGGUACAGUCCGGGAGGUCCUGCACCCCCCAUCCCUCCCAUCCCAGCUGCACCCCAACUUCCCACUGCCCCCUUCAGCCCUGGUUCCUCUCACCCCACAGCUCGCCCCCUCAGCUGGCCCCAGGGCCCACCACCCACACAGGAGCUCCUGGUCCCCCCAGGAUGGUGCAGGUGUCUCUGCCCACAGCGCUGCCCAGGGGUGGCUCCUACCCCGUCUCUCAGUUGUAAUUUUAUUUCCUCUAUAAAGUUAUAAGUU